AUGGGUAUUGGUCCUGCUCCAGCUAUUCGCCAAGUUCUUGGUCAAACUGGUAUGAAAAUGGACGAUAUCGAUAUCUUCGAGGUUAAUGAAGCUUUUGCACCUCAAGCAUUGGCUGUUCAACGAGACCUCGGCAUUCCCAUGGAGAAAUUGAAUUUGAAUGGUGGUGCCAUCGCUCUUGGACAUCCUCUUGGUGCAUCUGGAGCUCGAAUCAGCGUUAAUGAAGCUUUUGCACCUCAAGCGUUGGCUGUUCAAAGAGACCUCGGCAUUCCCAUGGAAAAAUUGAAUUUGAAUGGUGGCGCUAUCGCUCUUGGACAUCCUCUUGGUGCAUCCGGAGCUCGAAUCAGCGUUCAUCUCGUACAUGAACUCAAGAGACGAAAUCUUAAAUACGCCAUCGGAUCAGCUUGUAUCGGAGGUGGACAGGGUAUUGCUGUGCUUUUCGAGAAUGUUCAAUAA